UCCAGUAAUAUGUUACUCUCUGUCUCACAACACUUUCUCCUCCAGCAGACUCUACUUCACAGAUAUAUAGAAAAGAUUGAAAAGAACACAAGCAAGCUCUCUCAGUCACCUCCAAUGGCUAAAACCUGCACAUACCUAUUUCUUCUUUCUCUAACCUUCACAUCCUUCAUUGUUAGCUCAGCUUCAUCAGAAGAAGAGAUCCUUUUAACCUUCAAGUCCUCCUUUGAAGACUCCAAUAACUAUCUCUCCAGCUGGUCUAAUAACUCUGCCACACAUUACUGUAAUUGGACAGGAAUCACCUGCUCCCCCACUCCUUCACUCUCUGUUACUUCUGUCAACCUUCAAAGCUUAAACCUUACUGGUGAAAUCUCACCUUCUAUAUGUCAGCUUCACAAUCUUACUGACCUCAAUCUUUCUGACAAUCUUUUUAACCAACCCAUUCCUCUCCAUCUCUCUCAAUGCACUACUUUGGAAACUCUGAAUCUCAGUAACAAUCUCAUUUGGGGUACAAUCCCAGAUCAGAUUUCUCUUUCGGGUUCUUUGAAAAAGCUUGAUUUCAGCAGAAACCGUAUUGAGGGAAGGAUCCCAGAAAGCAUAGGCUCACUGCAGAACCUUCAAGUUAUCAACUUGGGAAGCAACUUGCUUUCAGGUAGUGUACCUUCUGUCUUUGGGAACUUCACUGAGCUUGUUAUUCUAGAUUUGUCUCAAAAUCUUAACUUGAUGAGUGAGGUUCCAAGUGAAAUUGGGAAGCUUGAGAAGCUGGAGAAGCUUUUUUUGCAAAGCUCUGGUUUCCAUGGUGCCAUUCCCGACUCUUUUGUGGGUUUGCAGAGUUUGACCAUUUUGGACCUUUCUCAGAACAAUCUGACUGGGGAGGUCCCUCGGAUACUAGGGUCUUCUCUCAAGAACCUGGUAUCUUUUGAUGUUUCACAGAACAAGCUUUUGGGGCCAUUCCCAUCUGGCAUUUGUAAUGGAAAAGGCCUUAUAAACCUGAGUCUCCAUACAAAUUUCUUUGCUGGUUCAAUAUCCAACUCCAUUAGUCAAUGUUUGAAUCUUGAGAGAUUUCAAGUUCAGAACAAUGGGUUUUCUGGUGAUUUCCCAAAUGACUUAUGGUCAUUACCAAAAAUUAAGCUCAUUAGAGCUGAAAACAAUAUAUUUUCUGGUGUAAUUCCUGAUUCUGUAUCAAUGGCUGCUCAAUUGGAGCAAGUUCAGCUGGAUAACAACAGCUUAACCAGUAGAAUUCCUCAGGGUCUUGGGUUGGUUAAGAGCUUAUACAGAUUCUCUGCUUCUCUUAAUAGUUUAUAUGGUGAACUUCCUCCAAAUUUUUGUGAUUCACCUGUAAUGAGUAUAAUAAAUCUUUCCCACAAUUCGCUUUCUGGCCGAAUUCCAGAGUUGAAGAAGUGCAGGAAGUUAGUUUCGUUGUCUUUAUCAGAUAACAGUUUUACAGGAGAAAUUCCACCCUCCCUUUCUGAUUUACCAGUGCUAACUUACCUUGAUCUUUCUGAAAACAAUCUCACUGGUCCCAUUCCCCUAGGGCUUCAGAACUUGAAGCUUGCCCUCUUCAAUGUGUCUUUCAAUAAACUAUCUGGUAGAGUCCCAUACUCAUUGAUUUCAGGUCUCCCAGCUUCCUUUCUAGAAGGAAACCCUGGACUUUGUGGUCAGGGAUUGCCCAAUGCUUGUUCUGAUGACCAGCCAAGACACCACACCCUUGGUCUUACAACAUUGACUUGUGCCCUGAUAUCUGUAGCUUUUGGUCUUGGAACUUUGAUUGUAGCUGCUGGGUUUUUUGUGUAUCAUAGAUCUUCCAAGCAGAAUUCUCAAAUGGGAAGUUGGCGAUCUGUAUUCUUCUAUCCUCUUCGAGUCACUGAGAAUGAUUUGGUUAUGGGAAUGGAUGAAAAAAGUGCCGUAGGCAUUGGUGGAGCAUUUGGUAGAGUUUACGUUUUAGGCUUACCGAGUGGUGAACUUGUUGCUGUGAAGAAGCUUGUUAAUUAUGGGAGCCAGUCAUCUAAAAGUUUGAAGGCUGAGAUUAAGACAUUAGCAAAGAUCAGGCAUAAGAAUGUUAUUAAAAUUCUUGGGUUCUGCCAUUCUGAUGACUCAAUCUUCCUAAUUUAUGAGUUCUUACAGAAGGGGAGCUUAGGGGAUUUGCUUCACAGGCCGGGUUUUCAGUUGCUGUGGGGUGUCAGAUUGAGAAUUGCAAUUGGGGUUGCUCAAGGAUUAGCAUACCUUCACAAGGAUUAUGUCCCACACAUACUGCACAGAAAUGUAAAGUCAAAUAACAUUCUGCUGGAUGCAGAUUUUGAACCAAAACUUACAGAUUUUGCACUUGACCGAAUUGUGGGAGAGGCUGCAUUUCAGUCAACCAUAGCUUCAGAAUCUGCAUUAUCAUGUUACAUUGCUCCAGAAUGUGGGUAUACUAAGAAGGCGACUGAACAAAUGGAAGUUUACAGCUUUGGUGUUGUAUUGUUGGAGCUAGUGACUGGCCGACCAGCUGAGCAAGCUGAAUCAGCAGAAUCCCUUGAUAUUGUGAAAUGGGUGCGAAGGAAAGUUAACAUUACUAAUGGGGCAUACCAAGUUCUUGACCCCAAUAUAUCAGAUUCUUCCCAACAAGAUAUGCUAGGGGCUCUGGAUAUCGCUCUCCGAUGCACCUCUGUGAUGCCAGAGAAACGGCCAUCCAUGUUUGAAGUUGUGAGAGCACUUCAGUCCCUCGACUCGAGGUCUCCCCUUCCAAGUACAGAGUUCUCUACUUCUGAAGGGCACUCAGUUUCAGUCUAAACAUUGAAUCAAGGACUUGCCUUUUUUUCUUCAGGGGGAGGGGGUUCUUUUGCUGUCUUAAUGUAAAGCCAACUUGAUUUACAUCUCUUAUUUUGACUUCUGAUGGGAAAAAAUACGCUUGGGCAUGGUUUUUUCUGUUGUGCACCAGAAUUUGUUUUGGGAUUUUGUUUCAUAUUAAUACCAGAGUUUUACAAUA